UGCCUGACAGAGGCCUGAGCCAAUGCGCGAAGCCCACGUGUGAGCCCUGAGCGAGGAGAACUCGUCACCAUGGCAACCAAGCACCGACGGCGGACCCGAGCACCGGGAGAGGCCGGGGAUGGUGGACCCAGGCCGGGGGAUAAGGCCGGCAUUAAAAAGAAGCGGAGCCAGGGCACGCCAUGGAGACAGAUCCUCGUCCAGAGUUCCCUGUGCCUUGUCGCGGGGCUCGUAGCCGGAUUCUUUGCAUGGGGUUACCUGCGCGGCGAUGGUUCCGCGACGGAGGUCUUAGCGGCACAAAGCGAGACGCUGAAUCGGCGGUUCUUCCAGGUUCCCUGCUCUGAAGAUUACAAUAACCACAAGAGGUUUCCAGGCUGCACUCCAAGGACAUGCGGCCGAGCGGUGACCGAUUCUGUUAUAACACUCCAGGAGGCAGAGAAGAUGCUAAGAAUAGCUGAAGCCGGUUUCUCCCUAGGAGGCUCUGAAGGAGGGGCAUCGAUUCUGGAUCUGCACUCCGGAGCACUGUCCAUGGGGAAGCAUUUUGUAAACAUGUACAGGUAUUUUGGACCAAAAGUCAGAGAUAUCUUGACCGAGGAUGAUUUACGGCUCUACCGGGAGGUGAGGCUGAGGAUCCAGGAGGAGAUCGCCAGGACCUUCGGCAUUAACGCAACUUCUCUGUACCUGACCAAGCCCACCUUCUUCUCCCGCAUGAACAGCUCCGAAGCCAAGACUGCGCAUGACGAGUACUGGCACCCCCACGUCGAUAAGGUGACGUACGGAUCAUUCGAUUACACUUCGUUGCUCUACUUAUCCGAUUACUCCAGAGAUUUUGGCGGGGGGAGAUUCGUAUUCAUCGACAAAAGCUCAAACAGCACGGUGGAGCCCAAAGCCGGCCGCCUGUCCUUCUUCACAUCUGGAUCAGAAAAUCUCCAUCAUGUGGAAAAAGUCAACUGGGGAACCCGAUACGCCAUUACUAUCUCUUUCACUUGCGAUCCCGACAAAAGAAUUGAAGACCCGACGUGGACGUGAUACCACAUCUCCAGAACUUUCGAAUCCAAUCACGGAACUGACAAUUCAGGCGAUAUCUGA